AUGCUAUCUCGUCUCCACCCGUCACCCACGCGAGCCGCGCGCUGGCGCACGCUACCUUGGGCAGAAAGCACUAUUUCUCCGCCCACAACCCCUGUCCGCUCCUUGAGCACGAUGACCAGCCCAAAAGCUGAGCACUCGCGAGUGAAGUCGCGUCUUCGACUUGGGAUAGCUGGUGUGUCCGCGCUGAGCUUCGGGGCUGGUAUCAUGCUCGGCCGCCGCGAAAGCGCUGUCAAUUGUAGUCAACCUCCCGAUGCGAGGAUACAUUAUGGCGGGCCUCACGAAUUGAAAGCCGUACAAGCCGCGCUCAAAAACGCGUUUCACGAUCGCCCGCAGCUAGUGUCCACGGACGCGUCCGACGUUGACGUCCACGCGACUUGGUUCACAGCACGCGAAGGAGUCAUUCCUCACAACGUCAUCGUCUAUCCGGAGUCGACUGAGGACGUGGUCAAUAUCGUCGAGCUCGCGAAGAAGCACCGGGUUCCGGUUGUGCCGUACUCGGGAGGCACCAGCAUGGAAGGCCACACGACCGGAACGAUGCAUGGUAGCAUAUGCGUUGACAUGUCGCAGAUGAACAAGAUCAUCGAGAUACACGAGGCAGACUCGGACGUCGUAGUCCAGCCAGGGUUAGGGUGGAUGGCCCUGAACGACGAGUUGAACGAAAAGGGGAUCCCGCUCUUCUUCCCGCUUGAUCCAGGCCCAGAUGCGACACUGGGAGGCAUGUUUAGUACUGGAUGCUCAGGAACCAAUGCUGUUAGAUACGGUACAGCUCGAGCAGAAUGGUUUCUCAACGCUACCAUCGCGCUACCUUCUGGUGAAGUCAUCAAGACCAGGCGACGCUCACGCAAGUCAUCUGCUGGCUGGGAUGUGACAAAACUCUUCAUUGGCGCAGAAGGGACGCUCGGGAUCGUAACAGAGCUCACUGUUCGCUUGGCUCCUGUGCUACCCACAGGUGUCGGGAUUGUCAGCUUCCCGAACGUUCGCAAGGCUUGCGAUGCGGUGAAUGAAUUACUGAGCCGUGGUGUUGGCAUGCAAUGUAUCGAACUACUGGAUGCCUACCAGAUGCGCGCUCUCAACAAUUAUCACGCCUCUUCGGACAAGUACGCGAUCGCCGAUCACCUAUUCCUCAAGCUUCAAGGUGCAACUCUCGGCGCUGUCGCAGAAUCAGAAGCACUCGCUCGUGAAAUUACUGCGAAGCAUGGCGGCGAGAACUGGAUAUCCGCGAGAGGUGACGAGGCGCAAAGCAUGUGGGAUGAUAGGAAGAUCGCCCCCUACGCAAGUGCGAAGUUGUAUGGUACUCCCGGGGCGAAAGCCUGGGCAACAGAUGUAUGUGUUCCCAUCUCGAAGCUCCCUCAGCUCGUAGAAGAGGUUAGGGAAGAUAUGGACAAAGCCGGCGUCUUCGGUACCAUCCUAGGUCAUGCGGGAGACGGUAACUUCCACGCCGGAAUCUUUUACAGCACUCCAGAGGAAGAGAAGGCCGCAAGAGAAGUCGUGCACAGGAUGGUCAAGCGUGCGCUCGCCCUCGACGGAACAUGCACAGGAGAGCACGGAGUCGGGAUUGGCAAGCGCGAAUACUUGGUCGAAGAGCUCGGCCCUGGAACAGUGCGAUUAUUGAAGACCGUCAAGCGUACACUGGACCCCUUAGGGAUAAUGAAUCCAGGAAAGUCCUUGCGGUAG